GCAAUUUUAAUAAAGUGAGACAUCGCCCUGCUAAAACGGUGUCAUGGCGGUUUGACUUGGUUAAAGGUUUUUUUGCAAUAACUUACUAGUUAAUGUGCUUCUUAGCGAUUUGAUAUUUGAUUUAAGUGAAUAAAGUCACGUGUAACUAAAUAGUUAAUAAUGCGUGAAUAUAAAAUAGUUGUGUUGGGCAGUGGAGGCGUGGGAAAGUCUGCCCUGACAGUACAAUUCGUACAAGGCAUCUUUGUGGAGAAAUACGACCCAACCAUAGAGGACAGCUAUCGGAAACAAGUGGAAGUGGAUGGGCAACAAUGCAUGCUGGAGAUCCUCGAUACGGCCGGCACGGAGCAAUUCACAGCAAUGAGAGAUUUAUAUAUGAAGAAUGGACAAGGUUUCGUAUUAGUUUACUCCAUCACAGCACAGUCGACGUUUAACGACUUGCAGGAUCUCCGGGAGCAAAUCCUGCGGGUGAAAGACAAAGACGAUGUGCCAAUGGUCCUGGUGGGCAACAAGUGCGAUCUAGAGGCCGAGCGCGUGGUGGGCAAGCAGCAGGGGUCCAACCUCGCCAACCACUUCAACUGCGCCUUCAUGGAGACCUCCGCUAAGGCCAAAGUCAAUGUAAACGAUGUGUUUUACGACCUGGUCCGACAGAUCAACAAGAAGUCGCCUAAAGAGGACAAGAAACCACAAAAAAAGCCUAUCAAAUGUAUCUUCAUGUAACUGAAGAAGACCAUAUUGCGUCUAGGUAUAGAAUAUUUAAUAAUUUGAAAGACUUCUCGUACCCGGAUUUGGCUGUCAGUUCCAAAAGUUUACUAAAUCGGGUGAGCAUUGUUGCUUGUCAAAUGUCUUUAGAGUUUUGUGGAUGCGCAUUUGUUGAGCUCCAAUUUCCAGCGCCGCGGCGCAGGUGAAAGGUGCACAGGCAACAUGGGUCUGCAUUUAUUCCUGUUCUCUAAAAAUAUGAUAUCAUUGGUGCAUUAAUUUGGUUAUUUUGAGAAUAGACUCAUUGUCUCUGUGCAUCAUUCACUAUAAAAGAAUUCCAAUUGUAUUGUGUGGAUGACAUUGGGUUCAGAAGUUCACCGCUAAAAUUAUCCAGCAAUUGGAGUUAACUAUGUUAAGUAUACUAUGUGAGAACCCUCCGUUCUGUUAUUAUUUCAAGAAUUAUAAUACAAGAAUAUAUACAUUACUUUGAAUUCAAGAUAGCUAAUAUUACAAACUGCUGUUUAUAGUGUAUUUAGAUGUAUAAGUUUUGUUUCAAAGGGCAAUGCUGAAUGCAGACAGCUUCUUGUCAAUUAGGUUAAACAGGAAAAUGUAGUCCUUAAAAUUAUAUGAUUUAUCACAUUGCUAUUGAGUUGAAUGUAUUAAUUCCUAGCUAUAAAUGCCACCUGCUACAAUAUAGAGGUUGUAAAUAGUGAGUGCUCAAAUUAACUUUUAAUUAAAAACAUUCUUUGCUUCUAAAAUAACUUGCUUUUCAAUUUUUAAAACAAUGCCUUUGUUUGUAAUUGAAUAUUUAUGCAUUUACAUUUUAUGACCAACCGGUUCAUAUAUUACAAACAAGAUCUGUUUUUUGCACUCAUUUUUGCAUUCCUUUGUGUUCAGUUGACAGAAUGAGUUGUAUGAAGUCAAGUGCCUUUCCAUAAAGAUGUGUGUACACAUGUAUAGAUAUAUUAUGUUUCUGCAUCAAUUGUUUUGCUUUAUAGGUUAUCUUUGGGCCAGCAUUGUCAUAAAUUUUAGCAACAGAUUUAAUUGUUUGCCUUAUUUAACAUAGCCCCGCUGUCUGCAGUUAGCAAGCGAUUUAGGUAUAAUUAUUGUAAUAUUUUCAAACUUCUGAACUGUUAGUAUGAGAGAUGGAUAGUGCAGGUUCCGGUAGGCCUGAACCAUUGUAUAAUGUUUAAAUAAGUAAGAAUACAUUAAAUUUUUCAGAUAUAUUGUCUUGUUAUAUAAUUCAAAUGUAUCGAAGUUGGUAUUAGCAUACCACUUAGGUUUCGGUAAGUUUGAACAAAUAUUAGUGAGCCUUAGGUGAGUGCACCCACCCAGUGUAGUGUCUCCGAUGCCCAGUGGCUCGCCUCGGGUUGUACACUACGUGCCACAGACUCUUAACCCCUAAGUAUUAAUAAAAAAUCUAAAAAAAAAUUAUCGUUAUUGUAAAUGGAUUAAAGUUUUAUGAUUAACUGGCUCAUUUUUAAUGUAAAUUUACAUCAAAUGUUUUGCUGCUAUGAAUAAUUUGUUAAAUGAAAAAAUAAUUAUAAAUAUAGAUGUUCCAAUAUUGUUAUGGGAUUAGAUGUUUCCUCCGUAUUGAUUUCUGUUAACUUGUAAGAUCGCUGCACAAGGAUAUUGGUAGUAACUUGAUCUGAGUUCAAUUAUAUUUUUUAAAUAUAUAUCAAUCAAAUUAUGAACUCUUGUAUAUUUUUAUCUUUUCAAUCAAUAAUCGACAUGUACAAUAACUAUUUUUUCUUCUUUUUUUGCAAAUUUAUCAAUAAAACCAAUUUUAAAUAUU